CAAAUAAGGGAAUAACAGAUAAAUUGUUUUUUUUUUGGGGAAAACUAAAAAUAAAAAAAAGAGGGAAACCUUAUGAAAUUUUUCAAAAUGCCGCCCAUACAAAUCCCCACAGUUUCCUAAUCCUAUUAAAAUCCUACCUUUUCUCUCACACUUCUCACUCGCUCAAUUUUUAACUCAGUAGUACUGACUACUCUCUCUUUCUCUGUCCUCCUCAACCACCAUCAUGGCUGAUCUCCCCUGCGAUGGUGAUGGCCUUUGCAUGGUCUGUAAGAUCAAGCCUUCUCCUGAUGAGACCCUCCAUUGUCACACCUGCGCCACUCCAUGGCAUGUCGCUUGCCUCUCUUCCCGCCCCGAAACCAUGGGGGAGGCUCUCAAAUGGGAAUGCCCCGACUGUUCGCCUCUCUCUAAUCCCGAUCCCGUUCCUAAACCAAUCGCUUCUUCUUCUGACUUGGUCGCUUCCAUACGGAUCAUUCAGGCCGAUACCUCGUUGACCGAGCGGGAGAAGGCCCAGAAACGUCAGCAGCUCAUGUGCAAGCGCGAACAGGAUGGACCAGCCGAUGGCGGACCUCCCAAGACCAAUGACCUACUUGAGCUUCUUGGGGGUAAUCUCAACUGCUCUAUUUGCAUGCAACUGCCCGAGAGACCUGUUACGACACCAUGUGGCCACAAUUUUUGCCUCAAGUGUUUCGAGAAAUGGGUUGGACAGAGGAAACGCACCUGUGCCAAUUGCCGGUGCCCAAUCCCAAACAAGAUGGCAAGCAACCCCAGAAUCAACUCUGCGCUUGUCAUUGCAAUCAGAAUGGCCAAGGCUUCAAAAUCCAAUGCUGAAGUGGGGCAAAGCAAGCCCCAACAUUUUAUCCACAACCAAGAUCGCCCAGACAAAGCUUUCACAACUGACCGUGCAAAGAAGACUGGCAAAGCUAAUGCUUGCAGUGGAAAGAUCUUUGUGACAACGGCUCCUGAUCACUUUGGGCCUAUUCCUGCAGAAAAUGAUCCUGAAAGGGAUCAGGGUGUAUUGGUUGGUGAGUCCUGGGAAGAUAGGAUGGAGUGCAGACAAUGGGGUGUCCAUAUGCCUCAUGUUUCUGGAAUUGCUGGGCAGUCUACCUAUGGCUGCCAGUCAGUGGCUCUCUCUGGUGGUUAUGAAGAUGAUGAGGAUCAUGGCGAGUGGUUUCUUUACACUGGGAGUGGUGGGAGAGAUCUUAGCGGCAAUAAGCGGACAAACAAGGCUCAUUCUUUUGAUCAGAAGUUUGAAAAGUUGAAUGAGGCACUGCGACUUAGUUGUCGAAAAGGCUACCCUGUCCGAGUUGUGAGGUCUCACAAGGAGAAGCGAUCAGCUUAUGCCCCAGAAGAGGGAGUGCGAUAUGAUGGAGUUUACAGAGUUGAGAAAUGUUGGCGCAAGAAAGGAGCACAAGGCCAUCUUGUGUGCAGAUAUCUAUUCAUUAGAUGUGACAAUGAACCAGCUCCGUGGACAAGUAAUGAUCACGGGGACCUUCCAAGGCCUUUGCCUGCAGUACCAGAGUUAAAGGGAGCAAUUGAUCUAACUGAAAGGAAAGAAGCUCCUUUCUGGGACUAUGAUGAGGAGAAAGGUCGGUGGAUGUGGAAGAAGCCUCCGCCGCCUAGUAGAAAACGCAUGCAUUCUGAUUGUUCUGGAAUUCCAAGGAAGAGAUCUAAAAAAGUUAACAAAGCAUCUGCAAGAGAAAAGCUUUUGAAAGAGUUUAGCUGCCAAAUUUGCCGGCAAGUGAUGACUCUUCCGAUCACUACCCCUUGUGCUCAUAACUUCUGCAAAGGUUGCCUAGAGGGUGUAUUUGCUGGUCAAACUGCUGUGGAGCAGAGGACAUGUCAAGGCAGAAGAGCACUGCGGGCUCGGAAGAAUGUUAUGAAAUGUCCAUGCUGUACAAAUGACAUUUCUGACUUUCUUCAAAACCCACAGGUUAAUAGAGAACUAAUGGGUGUCAUUGAAUCGCUGAUGCAAAAAGAAGAGCCUGAAGAGAGUGCUGAGACAUGUGAAGAGGUAGCUGCCGAAACAGGAGAAGAGUUUACCGUGGGGGCACGAGAUGAAGAAGAGGAAAAGGAAGAGGAAGAAAAUACUUUGAACCCUGAAGCUGAGGAAGAGAAAGAAACUGUUGGCGAUUCCAUGAAAGAUGUUAAGACGUCCUCUCCCAAGAAACCUACUGCUACUAAUGAGAAGCAGACAGACCUUCUGAUGAAGGUUGAGGAGCCUCAACCACAAGCAUCCCCAAAUGGAGAAAACAAAGCUCAAAGACAGAAUUAUAAGCGCAACAAGGCUGAAACUGUUGGCAAUCCCACAAAAAAGGCUAAGACAUCCUCCCCCAAGAAACCUACUGCUACUAAUGAGAAGCAGACAGACAGUCCAGUUAAGGGUGAGAAACCACAACCAGAAGCAUCCCCAGAAGAAGAAAGCAAAGCCAAAAAACAGAAUUAUAAAAGCAAGAAGGCUGAAACUGGAGUUGUUGGAACACCAACCAGAAGGAGCACUAGGGUAAAGCAGUAGCUGCAAAAUUUUAAUUUUUUCUUUUUUUUUACUGAGAAGCUGCAAAUGAUUUGAUGCAUCAUUGAGCUUAGCUUAGUUCCCUUUUUGAAAUGCUGAUCAAACAUUUAAGCAUUUUCUUUCGGCUUUAAAGAUUACCCAUUGUGUAUUUAAGUUAUCUUUUCAAAAGGGUCUAGUGCAGUACAAAGCACUAGGCAACCACAGAUUACAUUAUGUGAGAAGAAAAACAGAUUCCUAUCCAUUUUUUAGUUUGUAAUGUCAUGCAAAAUGAAACAUCCAUGAUUAUUUACAUAUUAUUCUACAGAACA